AAAACCAAUGUGUGUGAGUUUGGUCACAUGUGACAUCACUCACUACAGUCUGACACAUGACAAACCAUUCAAAGAAGUCACAUGGGAGGAGUUUAUGAGUGGACGUAAAGUUUAUUUUCUGUUUCAGAUCUUUUAAACAGCAUAUAUAUCUCUCUCCCUCUCUCUACAGAGAGCAUUAUAAAGUCUUGCUGUAAGGUUUCUCACACUGGACUGAAUCAUGGUGGAGACUCAGGAGCAGUUUCCUUUUGGUUUUUUAUUGAAAUACCUGUUUACUUUGCUGGGACUGUUAUUGUUCCUGCUGGAUAUAGCGUUGGACAUUUGGGCUGUUGUGUCAUUUUAUCAGGAUGGGGCCUAUGUGUAUAUGGCACUGAUGAUCUUUCUGCUGCUGGGCUCUUCAGUGUUGUUACAGGUGUUCAGCUGGCUCUGGUACUCUGAUUCACUGGACAAGAUUGAGACUAAGGUGGAGAAAUUUGCAAAGAGCCAUUUAUUGAUCAAACCAUCCCACUUCCUGCAGCUCGGAGUCCAUCUCAGGUAUGCUGGGGUGAUAGAGACUUCCACAAUGGAUUUUCUUCAUCGCAUUAACAAUUUCAGUAAUAAUGCACUGCAUAAUAUCAGAAAGGAUGUGGAUGUGAAGCUGAAACAUGAUUUUCUGAUGCUUCGUCUGUUUGAGGCGUUUUCUGAAAACACCCCACAACUCACACUCAUUUUGUCUAGAAUCCUACAGAGAGGAGAGUUGGAGCUUAUUACAGGUUUAAAAAUCCUCACAGCGGCUUCUGCAAUUGCCAUUAAUGUUGCCUUGUACCACCGGGGCAUGCAUGUCUAUGGUUCUAAAGCACGCAAGAUGAGCUUGAUCUCCACUGGCAUCUACUUCCUGUGGAACUUGUUGGUGAUUAUUCCCCGUGUAACUGCUCUGGCACUCUUCUGCAGUGUAUUGCCAUACUACAUCAUAGCUCACUUCCUGUCCCUGUGGAUGCUGCUGGUUUUAGUGGCCUGGAGCCAGAAAACAAAUUUCAUGAAAAGUCCUGGUUGGGAAUGGCUCUUCAGAGCGGCUGUUGGACUCAUCUGGUACUUCAGCUGGUUUAACGUAUCAAAAAAAGGAAACAUAAAAGUAAAGAUGGUUCUGUAUUAUAGUUUCAUGGCUUUGGACACAGUGAUGCUGCUGGGGUUCUGGUGCUGGAAGGUGUUUGAAUAUGCAGGCUGCUGGAGCUCCUUAAAUCCUUAUAUAGUGAUCCCGACACUACUAGGUUUGUACGUUAUUGGAAUACUAGUGAAACUGAUAUACUACAGAUGGUUUCAUCCCAAAAUGGCUGAACCCAGUGAAGGGCCAUUUAGACAAGCUGCAACAUAUGCUGCAACAUAUUAUGCAGACUCGACAGACUCGACAGUCUCGACAGACUUGUCCCUGGAAGAUACAGCUGCAGCUCCUGUGCAGCCUCUCACUGGAGUCCUCAAGAGGAGCAGAACCAUGGCUGCUAAUUUCUACUUCUAGUUAUUCUAGUUUGUAUUUUAAUGUAUUUACUUCUAGUUUGUAUUUAUAAUGUAUUUAAAUUUACAGUGCAGAACCAUAGAACUUACAGUAUAUUUUAAUAGCUGACAUGAUGUUAAUAUAUUUUCAUGUAUGUUAAUGUAUAAUGACUACUGCAGCAAUAUACAACACAGUGAUGCUAUUAUCAGCAAUAUCUUUAUCAGCAAUGUUAACAAGGUUAUUAUUAUUAAUAAUCUCAAACUGUUUUGUGAUGACGUGUUUUCAUACUACUUUCGCACAAAUUUCUUAAACAUAUAUUUUUUGUCAUGAUAUUUUCAUGGUAUUGUCAUGAUACAAUGUCCAGAACCAAGAGACAUAGUCAUGAUGACAUUUUCACUGAUUUCCUAAUGCUUCUGUUGCUCUGAUUAUGUUACACUACUAUUUUGUUUAAUUUAGGCACUGUGACAUAAAUGUUUAUUAAAAGGAUAGUUCACUCAAAAA